UUAAAUGCAGCUCCAGGAGGCUGUGUGAUACCCACCAGCAUCACUCACACUGUGACUUUGGGUUUGUAACCAUGGUCUCCAGCUUGAUCUUUCUACUUCUCUGUGGAAACAUUGCCCUAAACCUGGGAAAUGCACAGAAAUUGCCAAAAGGUAAAAGGCCAAACCUGAAAGUCUAUAUCAAUACCACAGGUGACUCCAUUCUCAUGAAGUUUCUUCGUCCAGAUCCAAAUACGAAAUUAGAAGGUUUUCUCUUGGGAUAUGGCAGCAAUUCACAUUCCAACCAAUACUUCCCAUUACCUGCAGAAGGAAAGUCAUCUCAGGCUGAAGUUGAUGCAGAGCCUAAAUAUUUGAUAGUUGUGCGACCUGUACCUCCUCCAAGCCAAAAGAAAAAAUGUUCAGGUAAAUCUCGUACUCGGCAACCUCUCCAAAUGGUAGUAGGCACUUUGUCACCAAGCUCAGUCUUUCUGUCUUGGGGUUUUCUCAUCAACCCGCAGUAUGAUUGGACCUUACCAAGUCAGUGUCCUAAUGACAGGUAA